CCCGCCCAACCGGCGUCGACCUAUAAAAGGUUGGGUGUUGACGUCAGCGUUCUCUUCCGCCGUCGUCGCCGCCAUCCUCGGCGCGACUCGCCUCGCUCGGAUCUGCUUGGGAGAAUCCACCGCCAUCCGCCACCAUGGUGAACUUCACGGUAGACCAGAUCCGGGCCAUCAUGGACAAAAAGGCCAACAUUCGCAACAUGUCUGUCAUCGCCCACGUGGACCAUGGAAAGUCCACCUUGACCGACUCCCUGGUGUGCAAGGCUGGCAUCAUUGCCUCUGCCCGGGCCGGGGAGACCCGCUUCACCGACACCCGGAAGGAUGAGCAGGAGCGUUGCAUUACCAUCAAAUCAACUGCCAUCUCCCUCUUCUAUGAGCUUUCGGAGAACGAUUUGAACUUCAUCAAGCAGAGCAAGGAUGGCUCUGGCUUCCUUAUCAACCUUAUCGACUCCCCUGGGCACGUAGACUUCUCCUCAGAGGUCACAGCUGCUCUCCGUGUCACCGACGGUGCUUUAGUAGUAGUGGACUGUGUGUCUGGUGUAUGUGUACAGACGGAGACGGUGCUGCGGCAGGCCAUUGCCGAGCGCAUCAAGCCUGUGCUGAUGAUGAACAAGAUGGAUCGGGCCCUGCUUGAGCUGCAGCUGGAGCCCGAGGAACUCUACCAGACCUUCCAGCGCAUCGUGGAGAACGUCAAUGUCAUCAUCUCCACCUACGGAGAGGGCGAGAGCGGCCCCAUGGGCAACAUCAUGAUUGACCCAGUGCUCGGCACCGUGGGCUUUGGGUCUGGCCUCCAUGGCUGGGCCUUCACCCUGAAACAGUUUGCAGAGAUGUAUGUGGCCAAGUUUGCUGCCAAGGGUGAGGGCCAGCUGGGGCCUGCUGAGCGGGCCAAGAAAGUGGAGGACAUGAUGAAGAAGCUUUGGGGAGACCGGUACUUCGACCCAGCCAAUGGCAAAUUCAGUAAGUCUGCCACUAGCCCUGAUGGGAAGAAGCUACCCAGGACUUUCUGCCAGCUCAUCCUAGACCCCAUCUUCAAGGUGUUUGAUGCGAUCAUGAAUUUCAAGAAAGAGGAGACUGCGAAGCUGAUUGAGAAACUGGACAUCAAGUUGGACAGUGAAGAUAAGGACAAAGAGGGCAAGCCACUGCUGAAGGCUGUGAUGCGCCGCUGGCUGCCGGCUGGGGAUGCCCUGCUACAGAUGAUCACCAUCCACCUGCCCUCCCCGGUGACAGCCCAGAAAUACCGCUGCGAGCUGCUCUAUGAGGGUCCCCCUGAUGACGAGGCUGCUAUGGGCAUUAAAAGCUGUGACCCCAAAGGCCCUCUUAUGAUGUACAUUUCCAAAAUGGUGCCAACCUCCGACAAAGGUCGUUUCUACGCCUUUGGACGCGUCUUUUCAGGGCUGGUGUCCACCGGCCUGAAAGUCAGGAUCAUGGGGCCCAACUAUACUCCUGGGAAGAAGGAGGACCUCUACUUGAAGCCCAUCCAGAGAACAAUCCUGAUGAUGGGCCGCUAUGUGGAGCCCAUUGAGGACGUGCCUUGCGGGAACAUCGUGGGUCUGGUGGGUGUGGACCAGUUCCUGGUGAAGACUGGCACCAUUACCACUUUUGAGCAUGCCCACAACAUGCGCGUGAUGAAGUUCAGCGUCAGUCCUGUCGUGAGGGUGGCUGUGGAGGCCAAGAACCCAGCUGACUUGCCCAAGCUAGUGGAGGGGCUGAAGCGGCUGGCCAAGUCUGACCCCAUGGUGCAGUGCAUCAUUGAGGAGUCUGGGGAGCACAUCAUUGCGGGGGCCGGGGAGCUGCACUUGGAGAUCUGCCUUAAGGACCUGGAGGAGGACCACGCCUGCAUACCCAUCAAGAAAUCUGAUCCAGUGGUUUCGUACCGGGAGACAGUCAGCGAGGAGUCAAACGUGCUCUGCCUCUCCAAGUCCCCCAACAAGCACAAUCGGCUGUACAUGAAGGCGCGGCCCUUCCCUGAUGGUCUGGCUGAGGACAUUGACAAGGGGGAGGUGUCAGCCCGCCAGGAGCUCAAGCAGCGAGCCCGCUACCUGGCUGAGAAGUACGAGUGGGACGUGGCUGAGGCCCGCAAGAUCUGGUGCUUUGGGCCUGAUGGGACUGGCCCUAACAUCCUCACGGACAUCACCAAGGGUGUGCAGUACCUUAAUGAGAUCAAGGACAGUGUGGUGGCUGGCUUCCAGUGGGCCACCAAAGAGGGUGCACUGUGCGAGGAGAACAUGCGGGGUGUGCGCUUUGAUGUGCACGAUGUGACACUGCAUGCGGAUGCCAUCCAUCGUGGGGGCGGCCAGAUCAUCCCCACCGCCCGCCGCUGCCUCUAUGCCAGUGUGCUGACUGCCCAGCCCCGCCUCAUGGAGCCCAUCUACCUUGUGGAGAUCCAGUGUCCAGAGCAGGUGGUUGGUGGCAUCUACGGUGUCCUGAACAGGAAGCGGGGCCAUGUCUUUGAGGAAUCCCAGGUGGCUGGUACCCCCAUGUUCGUCGUCAAGGCCUACCUGCCUGUCAACGAAUCCUUCGGCUUCACUGCUGACCUGAGGUCCAACACAGGUGGUCAGGCCUUCCCCCAGUGCGUGUUCGACCACUGGCAGAUCCUGCCUGGAGACCCCUUUGACAACACCAGCCGUCCCAGCCAAGUGGUGGCGGAGACCCGAAAGCGCAAAGGCCUGAAGGAGGGCAUCCCGGCCCUGGACAACUUCCUGGACAAAUUGUAGGCGGCUCUUUCCAGCAGUGGUUUGCCACCCCUGGCGGGACUUGGCACAACACCCACACCCAGUUUGACCACAGCAACACGUCCUCGCAUUCUCAAAUGACACCUUGAGACUGUCCCCACACAGUGAUGCCCUGCCUGAGGGGUUUCGGGGGCCCACUCCAUGCCAUCACUCAACAAUAACACUUGAUGCCGUUUCUCUCUAUUUAUUUCAGGAGUUCAGAGGCAGGGGAAAUGCCCUUUCUGAAGGGACUACUUGGCUGGUGGGGUGGGGAGGUAGGGUGGGACACCCAAUGCUUUUAUUUCAGAUCAUCAGAGGGAAAUUGAAUUCAGAUGUCCAAAAGUUUAAAAUAAAUGCAUUAAGAAGUUUAUUUGGGUAUAUGGCCCGAAGUGGAUUUCCCUCAGAAAGGGGGAAGGAACGGUGGGUAGAUAAUUCCUAGAAGGCAGGAAGUCCUGUGCCGUGUCACCAUGAGCACCUUCAGCUGUAUUAGUGCCAUUGGAAUAAUAAAUUUGAUAAUGGUGGUGAAGUGUGCCAUCCCUGUGA